AUUUUUUUUGCGUCCGGCCCGAACAGACGAGUGAGUCCGAACCGUUUUGACUUGAGGUUUGUAACAGUUGUCGUCCUCUUUUGUGUGGCUAUUUGCAAGGUUUAUAAAAUUGAUCGGUGAUAUCGUACUUUUUGUUAGCUAUGGAAGCUCUGCUAACUCUGCAAACUCUGGAAACAUUAGAAGCUAUUGAACGCAUUGAAGGAGCAGAAAAUGCUCCACGUCGUCAAAAGAUUUACCAGGAGAGAUGUGAUCCGUUUUCUUUGCCAGAUGUAGAGUUUAAACGGCGAUACCGUUUCAACAAAAAUACCAUGAACUUUAUAAUUGAUCUCGUCAGGCAAGACUUGCAGUUGGACUCACGAGGUUGUGGAACUUCACCUGAGUUACAGGUGUUAACCGCUAUAAGAUGUUGGGGUCGUCGUGAAGUUCAAGAUGAUGGGGGAGAAAUCCAUGGGUUAUCUCAACCAACUGUAAGUCGCAUUUGUGCCAGAGUAGCCCGCGCGAUAGCGCGCCACUCUGAAACCUAUAUAAAAAUGCCAGAGUCACUGACAGAACAAGAAAAAGUAAUGAGGGAAUUUUACAAUAUACGGCGAUUUCCUUCUGUCCUGGGGUGUAUUGAUUGCACCCAUAUAAAAAUAAAGAAAUAUGGUGGUGACGCAGCUCAAUAUUAUAUAAACAGAAAAGGAUAUUACUCAAUGAACGUACAAGUAACUUGUGAUGCCGAACUAAAAAUAAUGGACAUUGUUGCAAGGUGGCGAGGCAGCACUCAUGAUUCCAGAAUAUUUAAUGAGUCCACUCUUAAAGAACGCUUUGAACGAGGCGAGUUCAGAGGAAGACUUUUGGGGGAUUCUGGGUAUCGACUAGAGUCAUAUCUUUUUACACCCAUAUUAAGGCCUCAAAAUGAACAGGAACAAAGAUACAAUCAAGCCCAGAUUGCCACUCGCAACUGUGUUGAACGUUGCUUUGGUGUAUGGAAACAGCGGUUUCAAUGUUUAUUAAAUGGUUUAACAGUGCAUAUGCACAAUGUAAAACCAACCAUUGUCGCACUUGCAGUAUUGCACAAUAUUGCAAUAGGAAAUGAGGACUUGGUACCAGAUCAAGGCAACGAAAUUAUUGAGAUACAGGAUGCUGUUGCUGAACCACGAGUUAACGAGAACAGAGAAAGAGGCCCAAACAGUGCUAUCUUACGAGCAUUUAUUGAUAGGCAUUUUAGAUAAAUAAUAAGU